AAAAUAAAGUAAUGACGUGGCGUAGAAACUUCCCAACAAAACAAUCUCCACGCGGGGAAGACGUCAAUACGAGCAAAGAAAAGGGGGGAGAUCGUAAGAACGCCACAGAAGAGUCCCAGGUGCCUGCGCAAGAGGUUCAGAAGGUGGUGGUGCCUCUGGUUCAGAUCUCGUUCCUGCCAUGGCGGAGCAGUUCGGGGAUUCGGCGAACAAUGUAAUCAUCGAAGAGGCCAACAAGGGUCUGAACCCUGGAAUGAUUGUUCUGCUUGUGGUUGCGACCUUUCUGCUGCUUUUCUUUGUCGGGAACUAUGCGCUCUACCUGUAUGCGCAGAAGACACUCCCUCCUAAGAAGAAGAAGCCAGUCUCCAAGAAGAAGCUCAAGAGGGAAAAGCUGAAGCAAGGGGUUUCUGCACCAGGAGAGUGAAGAGAUCCAUCAGUUUCUCAUGUUAAUUGUUUUAUCCUGGCUCCUACUUUACCUGAUAAAAAUAUACCAGCUGGAGCUGCAGUGUUCAGUGACUAUUAUGUAGAAACUUUGUCUUGAGUGGUACAUUGGUAUUGUCGACAACCUUGUUUCAGCAAACUGAUAAACCUUAGCCUAAACUGAGCUGUUCUGCUGUUCUUGGUUUACAAUUUUGUUUGGUCAUCUUAUGUAGUAGACUUCUGAAACCUGUCUAGCCUUUUGCAGUCUGUUGUUUUCA